UGUGAUGUCUUUCCUGAAGUACUUUAUUUUUGUGUUUACAGUAAAUUUUAUGCUGAAGGACAUUUCGUCAAUAUCAGGACACAGUUUCUGGAAAAUUAAAGAGUUGGUGGAAAAUCGGCGGGAAAAGUCAGCCAUACAUGACUACAGAAGAUUAUAUGGCAGUGGUCAGUUUAUAGAAGAGGUUCUUUUGACUCAACCACUGGAUCACUUUGAUGCAUAUUCUUCUAGGACAUACAAACAGAAAAUUUAUAUCAAUGCAAAGAACUGGAACAAACCCAAUGGUCCUAUUUUCCUGUACAUAGGAGGAGAGGUAGCACUUUCAAACAGAUCUGCUUAUUCUGGUCACCAUGUUCAGAUGGCCAAGCUCUUUGGUGCCAUGGUUGUGGCUGCUGAGCACCGUUUCUAUGGCGACAGCAUCAACGAUGAUGGUUUACAUCUAGAUCAACUUCAACACUUGUCCAGUCAACAAGGGCUAGCUGAUUUGACAAAAGUCCAUAAUUACAUUACUACAAGGUACGAGUUAAAUGAUAAUAAGUGGAUCUGUUUUGGUGGAAGUUAUCCUGGAGCAUUAUCUGCAUGGUUCCGCUUAAAGUUUCCACAUCUGGUGUUUGGAGCAGUGGCCUCUUCAGCUCCUGUACAAGCUCAGACUGACUUUCAAGGUUACAAUGAGGUGGUGGCUCAAAGUUUAGCAGAUCCAGCAGUGGGAGGAAGUAAGCAGUGUACUGCACAAGUAGCUGAGGCCUUCCAGAAAAUAGACAGAAUGGUCAGUGGCCAACAAACCAAAGGGCUUGCAAAGGAUUUCCUGUCCUGUGGGUCACUUUCUGAGCCAAAUGACCAGAAGGUCUUUGUCAACAUUUUAGCAGCAAUUUUUAUGGGAAUAGUGCAAUUCAAUAAUGAAUUCCCUUUUCUGAAUAUCAAAAAUCUCUGUAACAUUAUGAGAGAGUCAGGAGAUUCCUACAGCAAUCUUCAAAAAAUAAAUCAGAUGAUGAUGAAGUUAACCAAUCAGAGUUGUGUUGACAAUAGAUACUCCAGCUACCUGUCGUACCUGAGAAAUCAAACAGUAGACAGACGUGCAUUGAAGCUGAGCAUAAGACAGUGGAUCUGGCAGACCUGCACACAGUUUGGCUAUUAUAUGACUUGUAAAGAUGGAACUAGCUGUCCUUUCUCCAGACUUAUGACCUUGGAAUCACACCUUGCCUUAUGUAAAGAGGUGUACAAAAUCUCUGAGAACAUGGUGCCUAAAUUUGUACAGUUCACCAAUGACUAUUAUGGUGCUAAUCAUCCAAAAGGCACUAGGAUUAUUUUUGUCAAUGGCUCCAUAGAUCCCUGGCACUUCCUGAGUGUCCUCAAGUCAGACCAGGUCUCUGGAGAGGUUGCUGUCUUCAUCAAUGGAACUGCCCACUGUGCUGACAUGGCAACCCAAAAAUCUACAGAUCCACAGUCUCUCAAGGAGGCCAGACUUGUGAUACAGAAAGAGAUUGCAUCUUGGCUAAAAGAAACUUAGGGAUAUUCUGCUUUCUGAAUUAAUUGUCUUUCUUACGGUCCCAUCGAAUCCCAAAUGUGCCAAGAUCUGCUUUUAAUAAUGUAUAGUUGAACUUGCAGUUACGUUGAAUACUAGGUAACUGUUGAAGUGAGUGUCAAAGUAACUAUCCAAUCAUAAUUGAAACAGAGAUUAAUAUCUCAUCAAAGUUGCUGUUUUAUAUGUCCUCCGCUGGGACAGAAUACCAAUAUGAAAAUUAAUGUUUGAGCAUGCUCUCAAUAUCACAUUGAAUAAAUUAUGUAAACUGAGCGAUGGAAUUAGAUGAUUAUACAUUUUUUUGUGUAUUGAUAUGCUUUUAAA